GACGCGCUUCUGAAGCGUGUCCUCGUUCUGGGAGGGCGGCCAGGAGGUGGCGGCGGAGGAGGAGGCUAAGGAGGCGGUAGAGUAGCCAGCGCACAGCUGGAGGAACUCGAGGUUCCCUCCCGGAUAUGGGGGCGCCCAGAGGCUGCUGACUCCCCUGCUGCCCGCGUCUCGCUGGUUGCGCCCGGGCUCCAGGAACUACUCCGAGGAAGAGCAGGAUCACAUCCCUGGCCAGUGUUUUGUCAACAGUUGAGCACCUGACCCUGGGUCAGGACCUGUGUGGCGGGAGCCAUGUCUGACAAGAUGUCCAGCUUCCUGCACAUCGGGGACAUCUGCUCUCUGUACGCUGAAGGCUCCACCAACGGCUUCAUCAGUACCUUGGGCCUGGUGGAUGACCGCUGUGUGGUGCAGCCGGAGGCCGGGGACCUGAACAACCCCCCUAAGAAGUUCAGAGACUGUCUCUUCAAGCUGUGUCCCAUGAACCGCUACUCGGCUCAGAAGCAGUUCUGGAAGGCCGCGAAGCCAGGCGCCAACAGCACCACUGAUGCAGUCCUGCUCAACAAGCUCCAUCAUGCUGCAGACCUGGAGAAGAAGCAGAACGAGACUGAAAACAGGAAGUUGCUGGGGACCGUCAUCCAGUAUGGCAACGUCAUCCAGCUCUUGCACCUGAAGAGCAACAAAUACCUGACGGUGAACAAGCGGCUGCCGGCGCUGCUGGAGAAGAAUGCCAUGCGGGUGACGCUGGAUGAGGCCGGCAACGAGGGCUCCUGGUUCUACAUCCAGCCCUUCUACAAGCUGCGCUCCAUCGGGGACAGCGUGGUCAUUGGGGACAAGGUGGUCCUGAACCCCGUUAACGCCGGCCAGCCCCUGCACGCCAGCAGCCACCAGCUGGUGGACAACCCAGGCUGCAAUGAGGUGAACUCCGUCAACUGCACUACCAGCUGGAAGAUCGUCCUGUUCAUGAAGUGGAGCGACAACAAAGAUGACAUUCUCAAGGGGGGCGACGUGGUGCGGCUGUUCCAUGCAGAGCAGGAGAAGUUCCUCACGUGUGAUGAGCACCGCAAGAAGCAGCACGUCUUCCUGAGGACCACGGGCCGCCAGUCAGCCACGUCUGCCACCAGCUCCAAGGCUCUCUGGGAGGUGGAGGUGGUGCAGCACGACCCGUGCCGGGGAGGCGCCGGCUACUGGAACAGUCUGUUCCGCUUCAAGCACCUGGCCACGGGACACUACCUGGCGGCCGAGGUAGACCCUGACUUUGAGGAAGAAUGCCUGGAGUACCAGCCCCCAGUGGACCCCGACCAGGACGCGGCCCGAGGGCGUCUGCGCGGAGCCCAGGAGAAGAUGGUCUACUCACUGGUCUCUGUGCCUGAGGGCAGUGACAUCUCCUCCAUCUUUGAGCUGGACCCCACCACGCUGCGCGGCGGAGACAGCCUGGUGCCCAGGAACUCAUACGUGCGGCUGAGGCACUUGUGCACCAACACCUGGGUGCACAGCACCAACAUUCCCAUUGACAAGGAGGAGGAGAAGCCGGUGAUGCUCAAGAUCGGCACGUCACCUGUGAAGGAGGACAAGGAGGCCUUUGCCAUCGUGCCUGUGUCCCCCGCGGAGGUGAGGGACCUCGACUUUGCCAAUGACGCCAGCAAAGUGCUGGGCUCCAUCGCCGGCAAGCUGGAGAAGGGCACCAUCACUCAGAACGAGAGGAGGUCUGUCACCAAGCUGCUGGAGGACCUUGUGUACUUCGUCACGGGCGGCACCAACUCCGGCCAGGACGUGCUAGAGGUGGUGCUCUCCAAACCCAACCGAGAGCGCCAGAAGCUCAUGCGCGAGCAGAACAUCCUCAAACAGAUCUUCAAGCUGCUGCAGGCACCCUUCACGGACUGUGGGGACGGCCCCAUGCUGCGGCUGGAGGAGCUGGGAGACCAGCGGCACGCCCCCUUCCGCCACAUCUGCCGCCUCUGCUACCGCGUGCUGCGCCACUCUCAGCAGGACUACCGGAAGAACCAGGAGUACAUCGCCAAGCAGUUUGGCUUCAUGCAGAAGCAGAUUGGCUACGACGUGCUGGCCGAGGACACCAUCACGGCGCUGCUGCACAACAACCGGAAGCUUCUGGAAAAGCACAUCACGGCCGCCGAGAUCGACACCUUCGUCAGCCUGGUGCGCAAGAACCGGGAGCCCAGGUUCCUGGACUACCUCUCGGACCUGUGCGUGUCCAUGAACAAGUCCAUCCCCGUCACGCAGGAGCUCAUCUGCAAGGCCGUGCUCAACCCUGCCAAUGCCGACAUCCUCAUGGAGACCAAGCUGGUCCUCUCCCGCUUCGAGUUCGAGGGGGUGUCUUCAGGGGAGAGCACACUGGAGGCGGGCGAGGACGAGGAGGAGGUGUGGCUCUUCUGGAGGGACAGCGGCAAGGAGCCUCGCGGCAAGAGCGUGCGGGAGCUGGCGCAGGACGCCAAGGAGGGACAGAAAGAGGACCGAGACGCCCUCAGCUACUACAGAUACCAGCUGAACCUUUUUGCGCGCAUGUGCCUGGACCGUCAGUACCUGGCCAUCAACGAGAUCUCGGGGCAGCUGGAUGUGGACCUGAUCCUGCGUUGCAUGUCAGACGAGAACCUGCCCUUCGACCUGCGUGCCUCCUUCUGCCGCCUCAUGCUGCACAUGCACGUGGACAGGGACCCCCAGGAGCAGGUCACCCCUGUGAAAUACGCCCGCCUCUGGUCUGAGAUCCCCUCUGAGAUCGCCAUCGACGACUACGACAGCAGCGGAGCCUCCAAAGACGAGAUUAAGGAGCGCUUUGCUCAGACCAUGGACUUCGUGGAGGAGUAUUUGAGGGACGUGGUCUGCCAGAGGUUCCCCUUCUCCGACAAGGAGAAAAACAAGCUGACGUUCGAGGUGGUCAACUUAGCACGGAACCUCAUCUACUUUGGUUUCUACAACUUCUCCGACCUGCUCCGACUCACCAAGAUCCUGUUGGCCAUCCUGGACUGCGUGCACGUCACCACCAUCUUCCCCAUCAGCAAGGUCGCCAAGGGAGAGGAGACCAAAGGCAGCAACGUGAUGCGUUCCAUCCACGGGGUGGGCGAGCUGAUGACGCAGGUGGUGCUGCGUGGGGGCGGCUUUCUGCCCAUGACGCCCCUGGCGGCCGCCCCAGAGGGCAACGUGAAGCAGACAGAGCCCGAGAAAGAGGACAUCAUGGUCAUGGACACCAAGCUCAAGAUCAUCGAGAUCUUGCAGUUCAUUCUGAACGUGAGGCUGGAUUACAGGAUCUCCUGCCUGCUGUGUAUAUUUAAAAGGGAGUUUGAUGAAAGCAAUUCCCAGACUUCGGAAUUGACCUCCGGGAACAGCAGCCAGGAGGCUGCCCCCAACAGCAGCAUGCCCGGCGCCCUGGACUUUGAGCACAUCGAGGAGCAGGCUGAGGGCAUCUUCGGAGGAAGGAAAGAGAACACGCCCCUAGACCUGGACGACCACGGCGGCAGGACCUUCCUGCGGGUCCUGCUGCACCUCACCAUGCACGACUACCCCCCGCUGGUGUCGGGGGCCCUGCAGCUGCUCUUCCGACACUUCAGCCAGAGGCAGGAGGUGCUGCAGGCAUUCAAGCAGGUGCAGCUACUGGUCACCAGCCAGGACGUGGACAACUACAAACAGAUCAAGCAGGACCUGGACCAGCUGCGCUCCAUCGUGGAGAAGUCGGAGCUGUGGGUGUACAAGGGCCAGGGCCCAGAUGAGCCCCCGGAUGGUGCUGCGGGGGACAGCGAGCUCAAGAAGGUCGAGGAGGGUAGCGCAAGGCCACAGAAGCACGAGAGCACCAGCAGCUAUAACUACAGGGUGGUGAAGGAGAUCCUGAUUCGCCUCAGCAAGCUGUGUGUGCAGGAGAGCGCCUCAGUGCGCAAGAGCCGGAAGCAGCAGCAGCGUCUGCUCCGGAACAUGGGGGCGCACGCCGUGGUGCUGGAGCUGCUGCAGAUCCCCUACGAGAAGGCUGAGGACACCAAGAUGCAGGAGAUCAUGAGGCUGGCGCACGAAUUCCUGCAGAACUUCUGUGCCGGCAACCAGCAGAACCAGGCGCUGCUCCACAAACACAUCAACCUCUUUCUCAACCCCGGGAUCCUGGAAGCGGUGACCAUGCAGCACAUCUUCAUGAACAACUUCCAGCUGUGCAGCGAGAUCAGCGAGCGUGUGGUGCAGCAUUUUGUGCACUGCAUCGAGACGCACGGCCGCAGCGUGCAGUACAUCAAGUUCCUGCAGACCAUCGUCAAGGCCGAGGGCAAGUUCAUCAAGAAGUGCCAGGACAUGGUCAUGGCCGAGCUGGUCAACUCCGGGGAGGAUGUGCUGGUGUUCUACAACGACCGAGCCUCCUUCCAGACGCUGAUCCAGAUGAUGCGCUCGGAGCGGGACCGCAUGGACGAGCACAGCCCGCUCAUGUACCACAUUCACCUGGUGGAGCUGCUGGCCGUGUGCACCGAGGGCAAGAACGUCUACACCGAGAUCAAGUGCAACUCCCUGCUCCCACUGGAUGACAUCGUGCGCGUGGUCACCCACGAGGACUGCAUCCCUGAGGUGAAAAUCGCCUACAUCAACUUCCUCAACCACUGCUACGUGGACACGGAAGUGGAAAUGAAGGAGAUCUACACCAGCAACCACAUGUGGAAGCUGUUCGAGAACUUCCUUGUGGACAUCUGCCGGGCCUGCAACAAUACGAGUGACAGGAAGCAUGCGGACUCCACGCUGGAGAAGUACGUCACUGAGAUCGUCAUGAGCAUUGCCACCACCUUCUUCAGCUCCCCCUUCUCCGACCAGAGCACCACGCUGCAGACGCGCCAACCCGUGUUCGUGCAGCUGCUGCAGGGCGUCUUCCGCGUGUAUCACUGCAACUGGCUGCUGCCCAGCCAGAAGGCCUCCGUGGAGGGCUGCAUCCGGGUGCUCUCCGACGUAGCCAAGAGCCGAGCCAUCGCCAUCCCUGUGGACCUGGACAGCCAGGUCAACAACCUUUUCCUCAAGUCGCACAACAUCGUGCAGAAGACAGCCCUCAACUGGCGGUUGACAGCACGCAAUGCAGCACGCCGGGACUCGGUGCUGGCGGCUUCCCGUGACUACCGCAACAUCAUUGAGCGGCUGCAGGACAUUGUGUCAGCUCUGGAGGACCGACUGCGGCCACUGGUGCAGGCUGAGCUCUCGGUGCUGGUGGACGUGUUGCACCGGCCAGAGCUGCUGUUCCCCGAGAACACGGAUGCCCGCAGGAAGUGCGAGAGUGGCGGCUUCAUCUGCAAGUUAAUCAAGCACACGAAGCAGCUGCUGGAGGAGAACGAGGAGAAGCUGUGCAUCAAAGUGCUGCAGACCCUCCGCGAAAUGAUGACCAAGGACAGAGGCUACGGGGAGAAGCAGAUUUCCAUUGAGGAGUUGGACAAUGCUGAGCUGCCACAGACUCCGGAUGCCGAGAGUCCCUCAGAGGAGCUUGAGCCGAGCCCACCGCUGAGGCAGCUGGAGGACCAUAAGAGGGGGGAAGCACUCCGACAGAUCCUGGUCAGCCGUUACUAUGGGAACGCCAGGCCUUCUGGAAGAAGAGAGAGCCUCACCAGCUUCGGCAAUGGCCCUCUGUCACCUGGAGGACCCAGCAAGCCAGGGGGAGGAGGGGGCAGCUCUGGCACAGGCACCGUGAGCAGGGGCGAGAUGAGCCUGGCUGAGGUCCAGUGCCACCUGGACAAGGAGGGCGCCUCCAACCUGGUCAUCGACCUCAUCAUGAACGCCUCUAGUGACCGAGUCUUCCACGAAAGCAUCCUGCUGGCCAUUGCCCUGCUGGAAGGGGGCAACACCACCAUCCAGCACUCCUUCUUCUGCCGGCUGAUGGAGGACAAGAAGUCAGAGAAGUUCUUCAAGGUCUUCUACGACCGGAUGAAGGGGGCCCAGCAGGAGAUCAAGGCCACAGUGACCGUGAACACUAGCGACCUGGGCAACAAGAAGAAGGAUGAGGAGGGGGACAGGGAUGCCCCUGCACGCAGGAAAACCAAGGAGCCUGCCCCUCAGAUCACGGAGGAGGCACGGGAGCAGCUCCUGGAGGCCUCGGCUGCUACUAGGAAGGCCUUCAGCACCUUCCGCAGAGAGGCCGACCCCGAGGACCACUACCCCGCCGCUGAGGGCGCCCAGGCGGCAGCCGACAAGACCAAGGACGAGCUAGAGAUGAGCGCCACCGUCACCAUCAUGCAGCCCAUCCUGCGCUUCUUGCAGCUGCUCUGCGAGAAUCACAACCGAGACCUGCAGAACUUCCUGCGCUGCCAGAACAACAAGACCAACUACAACCUGGUGUGCGAGACCCUGCAGUUCCUGGACUGUAUCUGCGGCAGCACCACGGGCGGCCUGGGGCUGUUGGGGCUUUACAUCAAUGAGAAGAAUGUGGCGCUCAUCAACCAGACGCUCGAGAGCCUCACUGAGUACUGCCAGGGGCCUUGCCAUGAGAACCAGAACUGCAUUGCCACCCACGAGUCCAACGGCAUCGACAUCAUCACAGCCCUGAUCCUGAAUGACAUUAACCCUCUGGGCAAGAAGAGGAUGGACCUGGUGCUGGAGCUGAAGAACAAUGCAUCCAAGCUGCUUCUUGCCAUCAUGGAGAGCCGGCACGACAGUGAGAACGCUGAGCGCAUCUUGUAUAAUAUGCGGCCCAAGGAGCUGGUGGAAGUGAUCAAGAAGGCCUACAUGCAAGGGGAGGUGGAGUUCGAGGAUGGGGAGAACGGGGAAGAUGGCGCGUCCCCCCGGAAUGUAGGGCACAACAUCUACAUCCUGGCACACCAGCUGGCUCGCCACAACAAGGAGCUACAGACCAUGUUGAAGCCAGGCGGCCAGGUGGACGGCGACGAGGCCCUCGAGUUCUACGCCAAACACACUGCACAGAUCGAGAUCGUGCGCCUGGACCGGACCAUGGAGCAGAUUGUGUUCCCAGUGCCCAGCAUCUGCGAGUUCCUCACGCAGGAGUCCAAGCUGCGCAUCUACUACACCACAGAGCGCGACGAGCAAGGCAGCAAGAUCAACGACUUCUUCCUGCGCUCCGAGGACCUCUUCAACGAGAUGAACUGGCAGAAGAAGCUGCGAGCCCAGCCCGUGCUGUACUGGUGCGCCCGCAACAUGUCGGUGUGGAGCAGUGUGUCCUUCAACCUGGCUGUGCUCAUGAACCUGCUCGUCGCCUUCUUCUACCCCUUCCGCGGGGUGCGAGGAGGCACCCUGGAGCCACACUGGUCGGGCCUGCUGUGGACAGCCGUGCUCAUCUCCCUGGCCAUUGUGGUGGCACUGCCCAAGCCCCAUGGCAUCCGCGCCCUCAUCGCCUCUACCAUCCUCCGCCUCAUCUUCUCCGUCGGUCUGCAGCCCACACUCUUCCUGCUAGGGGCCUUCAAUGUCUGCAACAAGAUCAUUUUCCUCAUGAGCUUUGUGGGCAACUGCGGCACCUUCACGCGCGGCUACGGCGCCAUGGUGCUGGACGUGGAGUUCCUCUACCACCUGCUCUACCUGCUCAUCUGCGCCCUCGGCCUCUUCCUGCAUGAGUUCUUCUACAGUCUGCUGCUCUUCGACCUGGUGUACCGAGAGGAGACGCUGCUGAAUGUGAUCAAGAGCGUGACACGCAACGGCCGCUCCAUCAUCCUGACGGCGGUGCUGGCGCUCAUCCUGGUCUACCUCUUCUCCAUCGUGGGCUACCUCUUCUUCAAGGACGACUUCAUCCUCGAGGUGGACCUGCUGCCCAAUGACACAGCCCCGCCAGACACCGGUGAGAGCUUGGCAGGUGAGUUCCUGUUCUCAGACGUGUGUCACCUGCACUCCGGGGAGAACUGCUCCUCGCCUGCUCCCCAGGAAGAGCUGGCCCCCACAGAGGCACUGGAGCCUGAGGACAAGGAGCACACGUGUGAGACUCUGCUCAUGUGUAUUGUCACUGUGCUGAGUCAUGGACUCCGGAGCGGGGGCGGUGUCGGCGAUGUGCUCAGGAAACCAUCCAAAGAGGAGCCGCUGUUCGCCGCACGUGUCAUCUACGACCUGCUGUUCUUCUUCAUGGUCAUCAUCAUCGUGCUCAACCUCAUCUUCGGCGUCAUCAUUGACACCUUUGCAGACCUGAGGAGCGAGAAACAGAAGAAGGAAGAGAUCCUCAAAACUACCUGCUUCAUCUGCGGCCUGGAGAGGGACAAGUUUGACAACAAGACGGUCACCUUCGAGGAGCACAUCAAAGAGGAGCACAACAUGUGGCAUUACCUAUGCUUCAUCGUGCUGGUCAAGGUCAAGGACUCCACGGAGUACACGGGCCCCGAGAGCUACGUGGCCGAGAUGAUCAAAGAGCGGAACCUGGACUGGUUCCCCCGCAUGCGAGCCAUGUCCCUGGUGAGCAGCGACUCGGAGGGGGAGCAGAAUGAGCUGCGCAGCCUGCAGGAGAAGCUGGAGUCCACCAUGAAGCUGGUCAGCAACCUCUCGGGCCAGCUCUCGGAGCUCAAGGAUCAGAUGACAGAGCAGAGGAAGCAGAAACAAAGAAUCGGUCUUCUAGGACAUCCUCCUCACAUGAACGUCAACCCACAGCAGCCAGCCUGAGCCCAGAAACCCAGGCGUGUGUGUGUGUGGGGGCUCCGCUUUCCUAAUUGUUAUCAUCAGUGGGGGAGGGGGGCAGGGUGGUGCCGUCCUGCCCACGGAGGGAGGAGACGGGCGCUCAGUGGCGCACUUGUAAAUACUCGGUUUUAUACUUUGUGUACAUGAUUGAUACUGUAGAGGACACAUGUACUGUGAUUAGUGUCCUUGGCACAAUGAGAUUCCAUUGGUGCCAAAAAAUAUACAUAUACAUAUGUAUAUGUACACAUAUAUGUGUGUGUAUAUAUAUAUAUAUAUAUAAAUAAUGCCUUUUUUUGGAAGGACUCUGAGAAUGCACCUGAUUUGCACUUGAACCAGAGUAUAGAUUUAAAAGUAUAUGACAUGUAUUUUGUAUUUAAGACUAGAACUAGACGGUAUUUAUGUUCUUUAUAUAUAUAUACAUAUAUACAUAUAUAUAUAUAUAACUGUGCAAUACAAAUCAUGCAAUCACAACAAAUACAUGGGACGGCUGACUGUCCCCGGGGGUGGGGGGGCAACGCACAGCUCUGAAGUUGGUGCGUGAAGCCCACGUAACACAGGGUUAGAGGCCCUGGUGGCCCCGCCGCUGCCACUCAAACCCCAUGACUGUGGAGUGCAGGGAGCCUCGUGACCACCCAGUGUGGCCCUGUGCUCAGUCUUAGUCACAGUGCUCUCGUCCCUGGCCGUGCUGUCAGGCCCACGCCCCUUUAAGGAGAAAAGCAACUUUAGUUUGCAAGAUACUUUAAGCUUUGAAAUGUAUCCUUUCAAUGUUUUUUUUUUAUUUAAUUUUAUUUUAUUUCAAUAAGAGAGCUAGACCAACAGCUCAGGCUUUUCCAUAGCUUGUAUGGAGGGGUACUGACUCUUCACAGGGGACUGUGCUGGGGAUGUCUAGGACCCACAAGGCAGCAUCGCCUCCUGGUGAGCUGUGGCGUCACCUUACACAGGAUGAAUCAUGAAUGGUUCCUGGGUUAACUGAUCCAAACAACAGAUGAACUAUUUUUCUCCCUUCAUCUGAGCCAACGUGCUGAGGAGCAGAGUCGAGAGGGCACACAGAGAGGAGCCAAGACCCUCCUGUCUGAACUCAGAGCCAGAUACAGACAUGUCAUUCUCAUGAAGAAGCUGUACCUGGCCAUUGGCUCUGUCACAUGAUUUCUGAGUGGGUGAUGAGUAGGAGAGGAAGCUUUUCUCUCUGCUGACUGGUAUUGUUCCCAGGUCUGUCCGCAGAACAUUUGAUCAAUCAGUGUAUUGGAGCAGAGUUUCUGAGUACUUUAAAGUCUGUCAAUGCACAUAUGGAGAUGAAUACUGAAUAAAUGAUGCGAGUAGCCCGCGGUGCUGGCUGAUGGCCUUCCUUUGGGCAUUUCUUGGUAUCUUAAUGGUUGCUGUGAUCAUACUGUUU